GGCUCAGCCAUGUAGGUCGAAGGCCAAGGCAGUAUAGGGCUGAAACAAACACACGAGGCUCGUAUGUGCUUGCAUCUCCGAGAAACCGCAGCUGAAUAUGCUCCAAGGACUGCAGCCUCUGUAGACAGACACGGCCAAUCCAUCAAUGCUAUCAAGCAUCUGUCUCGAGUAUAAGAAGCACACUUCAUCCCCUUGGUCAAUGAACACAAUUCAGUCCCAGCAUCAGCACCAGCAUCAGCAUCAGCAUCAGCACCAAUACCCCAACCGCCUCUCCUCAACACCACUUCUCACUCAUCACACCAGACCCAUCUCUCCACCAUCAAAAUGAAGUUCUUCGCCGUCCUCGCCUUGGCCACUGCCGCCAUCGCCGCUCCCAGCGAUGUCACCUUGAACGCUCGCCACCCUCAAUGCACGCCUCCCCAGUACGCCUGCAAGCCUGAUGCCUCGGGCUGGCUCGUCUGCAACGUUGACGGGACUUGGCUGAACGGCGGCGUGUGCCCCCUGAAGACCACCUGCAAGCCCAUCAACAACCUGCCGUACUGCGUCUAAGCGCAGGUUAUCCGGGCUGGACGUACUCGACCACGCCUAAACUUCGGCCUACUGCAAUCGGUGCCCUUCAACAAAGUUCGGAGCAUAAUGGACAAUAGGCACUUUCUGGACGCACUUCCACAAUAGCAUGUUUCAACUGCGCGCAUAGACUUCUUCUUCUACAUAGCAUGCCCAGCAUAGCAUUGCACUCCUUUGGUAGUAAAUAUAAUGGUGACCAGACAUUGGUGCCAGAGAUGCCUCUUCACCAAGUGAGAAUUGCUCCUGAGUAGGAUUACAGAAUGACACUCAACCAGAUCUCCGUUUUGACACAAUUUAAGAUACGCACGCACGACCGGGUUGACACCCCUGCAAAUUGCCAAG